CAACAAGAACUGUUGUUUGGUUAAGAAUUUUGUUUUUUGCUUUGUUUUCAAGAAAAAUAAUAAUUACAACAACAACAACGAUGAAAACCACAACUAUAAUCAUCUAUUUAAUUGUUUGUUUUGCCAUUACAAUGGCAUCAAUUAUUCGAACGAAUGAAGAUUCAAAUAACAUCGACAACAACUACAAAAAAUAUAAUAAUAAUAAUAACAUAAUGAAUCGAUCAAAAAGAUCAAGUUUUUCUACAAUCGAUUGUUUGGGUAAUUUUGAUCGUGCCAAAUUUGCUAAAGCAGAUCGUAUUUGUGAAGAAUGUUAUAUCCUGUAUCGUGAACCAUCAUUACAUAAAACAUGUAGAGAAUUUUGUUUCAGUAAUGAUGUUUUCAAGAAUUGUAUCGAUUCAUUAAGUUUAUCACAUAUGAAAAAAGAAUAUGAAGAAAUUGUGGCUGAAUUGUUGGGCUAAAUAUUCAACUUUAUUUUGAAAAUUUCCUUAUCAUUGGAUGCCUCAAGUUGAAAAAAAAUUUGAGCGAAAAAAAAUUGAAAUUUUUUUUGAAAA